GAGGAGGAGGGGCCGGGGCCGCCGCCGGCUGAGGGAGGCAGGGAGCGGAGCCGCCGAGGGCCGGGGCCUUGGACGCGUCCGGAGGAGGAAGAGGAAGGGGGGGAGCCGGCCCCUCUCGGAGCACGCAGCCCGCAUCCGCUUGUGGAAGGGAAGAGGGAAGCGGAGGGGGGGAGCGAGCGAGCGAGCGGGUACCGCCGCCGAGGAGACAAAGAAGCGGAGCCCGCCCGGGCUGGGAGCCUCCCCGCUCCGCUCCGCCCCGCCCCGCUCCCACCGGCCGGGCCGAGAUAGUUGUGUACGUAACUUCGUUGGAGAGUCCUGCCUUUCACUGCCUGGAUCCUUUUAACAGUGUGCCAAAGAAGGACUCCAUGAAAGAUGACAGAAGAAGUUAUUGUUAUUGCAAAGUGGGAUUACACUGCACAGCAGGACCAAGAACUUGACAUCAAGAAAAAUGAGCGUCUUUGGCUAUUAGAUGAUUCCAAGACAUGGUGGAGGGUAAGAAACGCGGCCAACAGAACGGGAUAUGUGCCAUCAAAUUAUGUGGAGCGAAAAAACAGCUUGAAGAAAGGUUCUCUGGUUAAAAAUCUAAAAGACACGUUGGGCUUAGGAAAAACAAAAAGAAAGACGAGCGCGCGAGACGCCUCGCCCACUCCCAGCACAGAUGCAGAGUACCCUUCCAAUGGCAGCAGCGCAGACCGCAUCUAUGACCUCAACAUUCCUGCCUACGUCAAAUUUGCCUAUGUGGCGGAGAGAGAGGAUGAACUGUCCCUUGUCAAAGGGUCUCGGGUCAUUGUCAUGGAGAAAUGCAGCGAUGGCUGGUGGAGAGGGAGCUACAAUGGACAGAUUGGCUGGUUUCCUUCGAACUAUGUGGUGGAGGAAGUUGAGGAGGCCACAGCAGAUUCACCGAGCUUUCUGAGCUUGAGGAAAGGCGCUUCCAUGAGUAACGGCCAGGGCACCAAAGUACUCCACGUUGUUCAGACACUGUACCCAUUCAGCUCCGUCACAGAAGAAGAGCUCAAUUUUGAAAAGGGGGAAACAAUGGAAGUCAUUGAAAAGCCAGAAAAUGACCCAGAAUGGUGGAAAUGUAAAAAUUCCAGAGGGCAAAUUGGUCUUGUUCCUAAAAACUAUGUAGUAAUCAUUAGCGAUGGUCCUACCAUUAACACUUCCCACCCACCUCAGAUAAGCUACACGGGACCAUCUUCUACUGGACGAUUUGCUGGAAGAGAGUGGUAUUAUGGGAAUGUUACCCGACAUCAAGCAGAAUGUGCCCUAAACGAAAGGGGAGUGGAAGGAGACUUCCUUGUUAGAGAUAGUGAAUCUUCGCCCAGUGACUUCUCGGUAUCUCUAAAGGCAUCGGGGAAGAACAAACAUUUCAAGGUGCAGCUCGUGGACAAUGUCUAUUGUAUUGGGCAGCGUCGCUUUAAUACUAUGGAUGAGUUGGUGGAACACUACAAAAAGGCUCCCAUCUUCACCAGUGAACACGGGGAAAAGCUAUAUCUUGUGAAAGCACUUCAGUGACGAUGAAGAUGGACUUGGCCACCCAGGCCUCUUCUAACUUCCAAGCCUUAGGUCCCAAAAUCACUUUUAUAGAGCAGAGCAAUAUCCGAAACAGGCUUAAAGAGUAGGCUCUUUCUAACGUGUUUGCUCUGUUGGUUGUUAUUUGUCCUUUUUCGUUUGCCUACUUUUGUGUUUCAGUUCUUUUAAUCUCAGAUCACCUCCCUUCAGGUUGAGAAGUUCACCUUUGUGGCCAUUGUAAGCGCUCACUUCCAUGUCCGAGUUCUAAACUCCCCUCUUCUGUGUACGUUUACAUACUCAGCUCGGAUAAAGGAGGGGGGUUUGCAAUUCAACCCAGUGUUAACCUGUUCAAAUUGCUCACGCAGACAGACAGAACUCUUCAUUAAGAGACAUCGGGCACAGUUUGAAUGCACUGAGGCUGCAGCUAAGUAAGUGAGAUAUAGUAGACAUAACAGUUGUGGCUGUGAGUUCUGUAGCUAUAUUGCUUACCAGGUAGUAUAUUACAAAAACUCCUAGUUCCUAGAAGCACUCUUUACACUGUACUCUGCUAUUACAUUGCCUCUCUGACUCUUUGCAAAGAGUACACUAAUUAAAGCGUUUUGUAAUAGUACUUCUUAAACUACUAUGGUAAGAUUGUAGUAAAAGAAAACUAUCUAGUGUAUUUUGGUCUGUAAUUGCAACAAAGAGAAAUUUUAUUUGAAAGUUGAUUACUAAAGAGAGAAUCAUUGAAUUGUAAAGACUGAAUGUUCUGGUAAUCUACAACCAAAUGUGCCAUCCACAUAAUGCUUUUUUCCUCUUGCCCUUCUGCUUGUUUGAAUUAAACAAUUAUGUAUUUAAUUCUCAAAGUAAUAUGUAUCUGUAGCUGAUUGUUGACACUAAUACAGAAGGUUAAUAAAAACUGAUCAGGGGACAGGGUGGGGUGGGCUACCAACACUAUAUAUAUAUUUGCUUUACAGAAAGGAAUCUUCAGGUUUUACAGAGGAUGGUGUGAUUGGUAGGAAGAGACACACAGAAUGUUUAUGAAGAAAAUGCUUUUUUUUCCUCUUUUCUUUACAUUUAAACUCCUUUAUGGUUUAAAUAUACAGACUUUAGAUGGCACACUCCUGAGAUUGAAGAAGGGAUCUUGAGAUCUCAAAAUCUUGCAUACUCAGUUUUUUGGAUAUUGUAAUAAAAAAGGUAUUAUGUCAUGAUGGAGUACUGGGUUUAUCCUUGGGUGGUAGUCCUGGUGUGGCUUUAGAAAGGUCAAAUAGAGUAAAUUCUGAAUUUGUCUGACUUUGAAUGUGUGUGGCCUACAAAGAAAACAUUUGCAACUGCAGAGUUCAGUUUGAUAUGAGGCACUGUGUAAUGAGCUCCACGUUGGUUCUCUCUGUGAUUUGUUUAUAGCUUUAAUGAAAACUGCAAGAUGGAGCUCUCUUAUGGUAUCUUUUUGCUAUUAAGUCUUCCUUACAGAUUUUGUAUUUCAGAGUAGGCAGAGCAGGCAGCAGCUGAGGGCUGCUCUGAAAGUAAUGCCUCCUAUUUAUUAUUAUGAUGUCAGAGGUGAAUGUUGGUGGGAUGGCAGGAGAGGCUGAACCUUCCCACCAGUAUCCUGUAACAUUUUGUUGCUGUGUGACAGGUGGCAGCAAAGGAGCACUCCGACACAAUGGUGUCUGACAUGAAAGUAUGUCUGAAACAAAGGUGUCUCAUUGAAUUCUUCCUUACAGAAAAAAAUGGCAUCCAUUGACAUUUAUCAGCUUUUGCUGGAACUCUAUGGAGACCAGACAGUGGAUGUGAGCACAGUGAGGCGGUGGAUGGUGCGUUUCAGCAGUGGUGACGACGGCAUCAAAGACAAGCCAUGUUCUGGAUGGCCAUGCAGAUUUUUGUGACUGUGGCAUGCAGGCGCUUGUUCAUCAUUGGCAAAAAUGUUUAGCUGGUGGUGAUGACUCUGUUGAAGAAGUGUUUUGUAGCUGAGAAUUUGUUCUGUCAAAUAGUGUUAUUGUGCUCUUUGUAUCUGUUGUAGUUUCCAUGGAAGUAAAUCGAGGCAUUACUUUCAGAGCAACUAACAUGCAGCUUCAUGAGUUAUACACGCGUUAUUCACCCACCGCUCUUCCUAUUUCUGUGAGGUUAUCUGGAUUAGAACUGUGUAUGAAUUAACAGCUGUUUUUUUCUGUAUGUGGGUAAACAAAAAUUGGGCACUGAAAAUUCUGCAUGGUCCGUCCUCAUGAACGAAAGUAGUGAUUUAGGGCAGACCAGAACAAUCACUCUGCAUCCUGGCAAGAACAUACCCAUGGCUAGGUUCUGGAAGCAGGAAAGUUUUCAUUACAGAGUUGCUGACAAGUGCCCCUUGUUUACAGUCUUCUUGCCAGGACAUCACAGUUGGUUUCUUCUUAACCUUUGAAGUGAGUUCUGCAGAGACCAUAGGUCUUUUGCUGUCUAAUAUCUAAUUCUUUAUUUAGCUAAAUGUAAGCAUGUACCUUGAGUAUGGCAAAGAUGUUAAGAACUUCAGUAAACUAACAACCACCCUUUCAUGCUCCAUGUUCAGUUUUCUGACACAUUCACUGUUUUUCUUGUUCCAUGAGUCUUCCUUUGCCUCUUGUGUGUUUCCUAUUUUGCUUUUUUUUUUCCCACUAAAAGUUUCUAACUCCUUUUCUAGUCUUGAUAGAUUAGAACUAAAUCAAAUAUACUUCCAAGUGAAAUUUUUUACCAUAUGCUUGAUAUUUUAAGGGGUUUACAAUCCUAUUGUUUUUUUUUUUCUUCCACUUCUUGCCUUGUGAGCAGCUUCUUAAUAUUGAGGUGCCAACCAUUGAAGUAUUUUGUUUGGAAGCAGUUUGUUAAUUUAUGACCCAGCAGUAUGAACAACUAGCUUGAAUUUUUUUCCUUUUUUUAAACAAGCUUCAUCUUGUUUUUGCUCACUGUGUAUUUAAUCAACAUGCAGUCUAUUCAGCAGGCUCAUUAAUAGAUCUUCAGUUGUUCCCAGACUUACUAAUUAAGAUAGGUUUCUGCGAGUUUUACUGCCUUUUUGACCUCAUUUUCUGGACUGGGCCUUAAGCAUUAAAAGUCUUCAGUGAUAACAGUUUAAUAAAGGACAGUAUUACAUGGAUUUUUGUUUUUUCAUUUUAUGCCUAUGCUUCCUAUCUUUUGACAAAACUGAAAUCUUUAUUUUUUGACUACUGAAUGCCUCUUGUCAAAAUAUGGGAUUGGGGGUGGGGGUGUUUUCUUGUGAGAUUGUAGGAAUUGGGGUUACCUGAGUUUCUUCUCCUGCAGUUUUCAUUAAAAGCUCAAAUAAUAUCUGAUGAGAUGGUGAUUUUUCUUAAUGAUAUUUAGCCUGGCUUUUCCUGUCAUUCAUCUGUUUCAUACAGAUGCAUCUGUUUUGUUUUGAAGUAUUACAUUUGUAUAGUUGUUGAAUGUUUUCUUGCCUUUAUACUCUUUAUGUAGGACAGUGAAUGAGUUUUCUGAAUCUGUAGUAGUUACUGUACUUCCUUUGUAGCAGCAGGAAUUUGAGAUCCAGGCUUUUACUUUUAGCUCCAGGUUUUCGUCAGUGAGCUCCCUCUUCAGAUUAUCCUGAACACUGUGAUAUCACCAAGCACGCAGUACAAAAAGAUUGUCAAAUCCUGUCACUUCUGAACUUGCACAUCCUUCUAGGCUGUGUACCUUUCCAAAGGCUGUUUUACUUAGGCUGCUGUGGUUGCUGUCCUUCUUGGUCCUUGCUUUUUUGCUAUUCAGUCUUGCAGACUGAAAAGUUUCCAGAGAGGCAGGGAGGAGAUCCUGGCUAUCACUAGUAUUUUAUUUUUUGAGAGAGGAUUUAGAGGGGCAUUUUGCCGCUCUUAUUUAGCUGCUUCACAACUGUAUAUAGCUGGGAGCUGGUGCUGUUUGUCAGUGCUUCUACUGCCAUGCUGCUGUUACCCAUGCUGAUAUUUGGCAAAAAAAAUAAAAAUCAGAGAGCUUUAGGAUUUACUCUCUUUUGCAGAUGAAUGCACACAAGCUUUUUCUUAGGUCCCAAGCCAGACAGUUACUUGCCAGCUCCAAAUUGGAAAAAGUGUAAACUUGUAGCACGAUGCUGAGUCUUAAGCUGGAAGGCUUGCAGAGAACUCCAACAGAAACUGUAAAUAAAGCAGUGCAGCUUUCAGCUGAUUUAAGGAGCCUGUCUGCAAAAUAUGACACAGUUUGGUUCCAGAUAGCCACAACCGACUGAUUUAGUUUUGAAAGUAGUCACACCAGUUGCAGGCAGAUUACUGAAGGAUUAAGCUACGAGUAAACAGAGAGCAUGUUGGGUAAACUCGUGUGGUCCUGCUGUAGGACCAAAGGCUUUGCUUUGCCUUUGAUUUUGAGAAGAGGAGAGAAAAGGAGGUUGGGUAAUGUGGGCUGUAUGAAUGGACUAAAAGUCAUGGUCUUGAAUAAUUCUAUUUAGUAUUCUUUAAUCAACUUUUUUUUUGUCUCAGAAAUUAAGGUAACAGUCUUCAAGUUGACAGUUAAGCUUUCAGGCCUUUACUGUAGCUUUCCUGUAGUGUAAAACUAAUGUCCUCAUGUAAUGGUUUCACUAAGAGCAAAUAAGAGAUUUAUGCUUAUAGUGAUGAGUUUUGUUACGACAAAGGUGAAAUGUUUUAAACCAUUUUACAAUUUUACCUAUAAGAACCAAACCUUGCCUUAACUACAAACAAAAACAUAAAAAAAAAAUCAAGAAAAGGGACCAUGCUUCUUUUGGAUUCAGUAUGGCAUUUUUUUUGGCAAAAGCUACCACAUAACUGGAAUGGCAUUUGUUCCUUCUUGGUCUUAAGCAGAUCUACUCUGUAGUUUGGAAGUAAGGAAACAUGUGCAAUCUCCCCAGAAUCUGAUGAGCCUGCGUUCCUCCUCCAGUAGCAUAGGAUGACUCAUUUUUAAAUGGAAACUUGUUAACGUAUUUAUACCAAUAAUCUGUGAAAGGUGCAUUGAAGAAGUAACUUUCAGCUCCUUAGAAUUACAGUAGGAACUGUGAGUCUUUCCAGUCCUAACAAAAUGAGGUGCUUUCCUUUUCUUUUUUUAAGAAGUGGAAAAGCAUAAAGCAGCAAGAGUACAGAGUGCCCAAUCCUUAAUGGUACUGCAGACCACCUGGACCUGGACUGUGUGAAUAAAAGGUCUCAUGGUAAAAGGACACAGGUAAACUCUACCGUUCCUUUCACUAGUUUCCCCAUAGGUAGAUGAAGCUUUUCAGUAACAAGUAAAUCAGUUGUGCAGUAAUGUUGUAAAAACUAUAGAACAUAAAACCAUAGAAUUGCUCAAGUUGGAAGCAACCUUAAAGAUCAUGGAGUCCAAGCACAACCUAACCACCUAACUCUAACAACCCUCCACUAAAUCAUGUCCCUGAACACCACAUCCAAACGGUUUUUAAACACAUGUAGGGAUGGUGACUCAACCACCUCCCUGGGGAUCCUAUUCCAGUUCUUAACAGCCCUUUCCUGUUAUCCAAUCUAAGCUUACCCUGGUGGAACUUGGGUGGCCAUUUCCCCUCGUCCUGUCACCAGUGAGAAGAGACCAGCCCUGCUCUCGCUGUAAGCACCUUUCAUACUGCGGUUUAAACCCAAAUGUGCUCCAGAUUUGGUAUGUAGUAGAAGCACCUUACGUUUUUAUAUGUUCUUGUGCUAUUGUCUUGCAAAAGCAGUAGGUUGUCUGUUCAGUUGUAUAUUCAUAUCUAUGGCUAUUGGACAUAACAUACAUACAGAGAACAUUUAUGGGCCUGAAAUGACUUAAUGUGAAAUACGACAUCUAGAUGACAUGCUUUAAGCCAAAAUGUUUUCUGGUCCUUUCCUUUGUUCUGGAACCCUAUGCUACUUUUAUAUUUUGAAAUGCAAGUUUUUCUUGCAUGUUUACUUAAUGUUUCUUUUCCUGUUAUAAAAUAGCUUUUUGUCUCCUCUGUUGUUAUUUGAGGUAUCUACCCAAUCUCAUAAGCAGCUGACUAAAAGAAGUGGUAUGUAACCCUUCUCAUAUUAGACAAGUUUUUCCUUGCUUUUUCUUUCAUAUGUGGUAAUAUUUAAAUGGUUUAGGAGUGGGAGGUUAAAGAGAUAAAAGAAAAAAAAAGAAUCUUUAAAUUGACAGAUUAUCUUCAGUAGUGGGAGUCCACAGUUAUGAGGGGAAAGUUAGAGGUAAGAAGUGUUUUCUUCUCUUUCCUGAAAUGAAUUUGGCUUGACAUCAGAUGGCACUUGUGCAUGAAGUAUUAGAAAGGUUAACAUAUUAACAUAAUGUGUCACAAGUUAAAGCUGUUGUUACUGCUCAAACAUCUGUUAUUGGUGAAGCAGAACAUGGCGUGGUUCUUGAACAUCGUGAAGGUAUUGGUCACUAUCAAGGCAAAAAAUAUCAGUAUUCUACUGAGAAAACACCAUGUACAUGAGGAUAAAAUUGUUAUUCUCGGUGUUGUAGUCUCUACAACAGUGGUGAUCUUCAAGGCGGACAACUGUGGUUUGGGGAUUUUUUUGACUAGGGGGCAAGGUGAGCAGGUGUUUUAUUUUUACCAGGAAUACUUAUAAAGAGAUGUUUUGCUUCAGUUUUCAAGCCAGGAUUUGCUUCUGAGCUUUUUACUUAGAAGCAUCUCUUUGGUUGUGAGCCAGUCCACACAGUGCCUUAACUGAAAUUAGUCUCCCAACUGUAAUUGAAACUGCAGUGGUGAAUAAUGGGCUAUGUUAUUACUAUUAUUUAAUUUUGAUUUCCAUCAGAUAGGAUGCCUUCAUCUAUAUGGUAAUUAAUUAGUGGGUACCCUGGGUUACUGACUUAGCUUUUCACCUGAGUUCCACUCUGUAAAGUUAAAAUAAUCUUGAUGAUUUUUAUUUAUUUAUUUAUUUUUUCCUCUUUCUUAUGUCGCAGAACCAGUAGUGCAUUCAGUGCAAUUAUAAUUUCUAAGGCAAAGAAGCUCUUCAGUUGUGGGCGACUGGUAUGUUUGGAAUACUAAGUCUAUAGAUGAUAACAUAGCAAAGAAAGAGUCAGGGGUAAGGGCAGCAGCAGAGAGCUGGUGUGAGCAGGCUCCUGGGAUCACAAGGCAAGGAUCUGAAUGUUUCUCGAGAAUGUUUCUUUCCAAUUUGAAUGCUGGCAGCUGAUUUGUGAAAGUGAACAUAAUCCUUUUUUUUCUUUUUUUCUUUUUUUUUUUAAUGUAUGAUCUAUUCAGAAGUAUUCCAGGAAUUAGAAAUGAACAUCCACCUUGUCUCCUGCAAUGCUAAGGUCCUAAUUAAAGCAAAGAAUGCUGGUAUUUGUGGCUGUCUUCCUACUGCAGAUCUCUUUAUGUUUGCAUCCCAGUGAAAAGUGUGAUACUUAGUGUUUACCUGCCUUAGCACCAGCAUCAGCCUGAUCCUGCUGGCAUAACCAGUCUCUGCUGCAGAAUUAACUGUGGUUAUG